CCUCCUGCACAAUUCACACUGCCAACCCCAGUCAUCCAUGUACCUCGCCAUAUCCCGUGCCAGUCGCUUCCCAACCGUGGCACAGAUGACGCUGUUCUACAACCGAUCGGCGUUCCUCUGGUCCAAUCCGGACAACGCCCGGCUCUCGGCCGCAGAUGACGCUGACCGGUUUCCAAACUUGAUACUAUAAAAGAUGUUUUUAGGCGCGGGAUGCGAUUACUUUAAGAAGACCAUCCAAUCUCCCCUACCACACCAAAUCCUUCUGAUUCUUUUCCCUUGCUUCUUUCUUCUCUCAAUAUGGCCGAUCAAGAAAACAACAAUCCUCAGACUCCCAGCAACGAGAACGGUCCUAGCUCUCCUCCACCAAAGGAAGAAGAGUCGUCCCCUUCCCAAGAACCCAAGCAAGAGGAAGAAUCGUCUUCCGAACCCAAACAGGAAGAAGAGUCCUCUCCUUCCCAACCCAAGCAAGAAGAACAAGGACAACAAGAAGACUCAUCCCCACCUAAACCCCCCAAACAAGAACCUCAAUCCGAGGCCACGCCCCAACCCCAACCCCAAGAAGAAUCCCCCCGACGCCGACGCCCCCGUCCCCAGCGCCCCCGACGCGAGGAACCCGAAAUGGACCAAGCCGUCGAGAAGCCCCGUCGCCAGCGCCGCCAGCGCCGCCAGCCCCAAGGAGACGGCGGCCCGCUGGGCGGCCUCGGCGGCGUCGACCAGGCCGGCGAACUCGUGCAGAACACCGCCGGUAACGCCGUCAACGGCGUGACCAACACGGCGGGCAAGGCCGUCGGCGGCAUUCUGGGCGGCAACCAGGGCGAGAAAGAAGAAGGCGGCGGUGGUGGGAAAGAUGAACAACUGCGGUUGCGGCUGGACCUCAACCUUGAUAUUGAAGUGCAGCUGAAGGCUAAGAUUCAUGGUGAUUUGACGCUGGGUUUACUAAAAUAAAAAAAAGCCCACCGCACCAGAUCGAUCUACUAUACUAUCCACAUAGAAAGACGAUCUCGCCUCUCUACCGCAACCACCAUCCAUCAUAUCCUCUCUCUUUCGUGUUUCGUGUUUCGUGUUUCGUGUUUUACAUCCACGCACGGUGUUUAAAUCGAUAGGGGUUCGAUUUCUAG